AUGCGACCAAAAUUCCUCUUUAUUCCUACCCUGGUCCUUGCCUUUCUGCCGCCUUUGGCAGCGGUAGCUACUGUGUCGCCAUUCCAAAUCUCAGAUUCCAGCAAAAAUCACAACUUCCUGCCCCAGACCACAUUCUUCGCCUUGGUCAAAAAUCCCAAUGUCAGUCUUCGCUUUGUUAGCGAUUUCGGGGUGUGUGAAACGACGCCCGGUGUCCACCAAAAAUCUGGGUAUAUCACUGUUGGAAAGAACAUGCACAUGUGGUUUUGGUUCUUCGAAUCCCGCACUUCACCUGAAACUGCACCGUUUACACUCUGGCUGAGUGGAGGACCUGGGUGUUCGUCCAUGAUUGGGCUUUUCCAAGAGAACGGACCGUGCUAUGUCAAUCCAGAUUCAAAGACUAUUGUUAUUAACUCAUUCAGCUGGAACAACAUCAGCAACAUGAUUUAUAUCGACGAACCGAUCGGCGCUGGAUUUUCUAUUGGGAAUGAUACAGUAAAUAGCACCGAAACUGCCGCCCCGUUUGUGUGGCAGGCUUUCCAGGUCCUUUUUGAGAGCGGUGCGUUUUCAAAAUUUGUAAGUCGAGAACUUAUUCUUGCCACGGAUAGCUACGGUGGUCAUUAUGGACCAGCUUUCGUCACCUAUUUUAACAAGCAGAACGCCUUGAUUGAGAGCUGGUUACUUCAGGGGGAAAGAGUCGAAGUCAGCACGUUGAUUAUCAACAAGGUGCCGGGAGCAAGAACUAGCCUGCUACAAGGUCAAGCGUAUGUAGACUUUGCGACGAACGCCCCCGGAUAUGGCCAAUUACAACCGGACAAUAUUCUCGCUCAAAUCAAUCAAUCUUACUUUGGUCUGGGAGGGUGCCGGGAGCAAGAACUAGCCUGCUAUGCAGCUGGAGACUCGAUUGACUCAGAGAAUAUCUGCCGCAAAGCAGACGAUUUUUGUAAAAUACAGAAUGAUAAUGUCCUCAAUCUAGCUGCCGCUAACCGGGACCCUUACGACCUCCGACAAAACACUUCCGCCCUCUUCCCAUUUGAGUUUUACGUUGAUUUGUCAAACUUGCACUCCACAAGAACGAAGAUUGGUGCAGAGGUGAGGUAUAAAGAAUGUCCAAAUGCUCCCCUGCGACCCUUCGUCAAAACCGGCGAUUCCCCGCGAAUGUUUCUUCCCCAACUGGGUCCUCUCGCCGAUUCAGGACUGAAAUUGUUGAUUUGGGUUAGCCGGGAUGCAGAUAUCAUCUGCAAUUGGCUAGGAGCUCACGCUUCCGUCCCUGCAAUGGAUUGGUACGGCCAUGAUAGGCUCGUUAAAACCCCUUUCACCAUUAUGACGAUGAAUGGGAAGGCGGUCGCGGAAAUGCUGAACGUCGACUUCUCUUUUGCUCCAGUUUACCAGGCUGGACAUCAAGUUCCCGCCUUUCAGCCAGAGACAUCAUUCGAUUCAGACAAAUCGUGCAUAAAGAGCAACUUGACUCGCUUUGAAUUUCUUCGCCCUUUUUUCUGCGAUAAUUUUCUAGUAGACAUGUUCCGAUGUUGA